AUGGAGGCACAUGCCUGGUUCCAGGUCUUUGUCGUCUACUUCAUCUGGCGCUACUUUCGUCUGGUGGUCAAUCUGUGGUCUUUCUGGACUUUCAAACCCAUCCCCAUCCCAGAGAACCCCUCCUUGAGUCCCAAGGAUGUCACCGUCAUCUUGCCCACCCUGGAUGGUGAGGGAGAGGAGCUCGAACGCACGAUCGCCUCCAUUCUCGAAAACGAGCCCAAGGAAAUCAUUCUGGUCACUAUCGACGAGAACCUGCACAAAGCAGAGAGAACCAUGUCCAACAUGCCCGCUGCACAAUAUGAGCGCAUUCGCUGUAUGUCGGUCAAGCAGGCAAACAAGAGGCGUCAGAUGGCCCGAGCUAUACCUGAGGUAACCACCCAGAUCAUCGUCUUUGCUGACGAUGAUGUGACCUGGCCAAUUCGAACCUUGGAAUGGAUGCUGGCACCGUUUGAGGACAAGAAGUACGGCGGAGUGGUCACCUGCCAGAGGUUGAGAAGGGCCGACAAUCCCACCUUCUCGCAACGAAUCUAUGGCUUUUUGGGUGCUCUGUACCUGGAACGCCGAAACUUCGACUGUGCAGCGACCACCCAUAUGGAUGGUGGCAUGCCGUGUCUUUCAGGACGCACCUGUGCCUACCGCACUUCCAUACUGCAAGAUGUCAACUUCACCAAUGGUUUCACCAACGAGAAGUGGUGGUUCGGACAGUAUCAGCUGAACGCAGAUGAUGACAAUUUCUUGACUCGGUGGAUGGUGAAUCAUGGUCACGAGACCUACAUGCAAUAUCACCCCGACUGCGAGGUUCAGACAACGUUGGAGAACAAUCCUAAAUUCCUCAAACAAUGUUUACGGUGGGCACGUAGCAAUUGGCGGAGCAACAUGACGAGCUUGUUUGCUGAACGGAAUAUCUGGUUCCAGCAGCCAUGGAGCACUUAUGCCGUUCAUAUGACAACGCUAAUGCCUCCUGCCCUGGUUGGGGAUGCCUUCCUGUGGUUCUUUCUGUUGAACGCAACCUCCGACUGGCCUGUUGAACAAGCUCAACGAGCCAUUUACUCUUUUGCUGCGUGGAUGAUCUUUUCCAAGUUCAUCAAACUCAUCACCCAUUUCGUCCGGUAUCCUAUCGAUAUCUUCCUCUGGCCGGUUUCCAUCCUCUUCGGUUGGUUUCACGGCGCCAUUAAAAUCUAUGCUUGCAUCACCCUCAGUGAGACUACCUGGGGCAGUCGUGCCAACGCUGAUGCCAGCGACUCUGGAAGAAUGAUCAAGCAAAAGAAAACUCACGAUUACUUUGAUGCCAUGGACGAGAAGUUGCAUGAAAAGCUUCUCCCUGAUGAUGAGAUGAAAAUUUACGCAUAUCAUGAAGUGAAACGUUCUCAAGCCCUCCCAGCAUAG